AUGGACGACGAGUGGGAGCCCCCGUUACCUGCCGGGUAUAACGACACCAACCGCGCGUUCAUACAGGCAUUCAUGGCCCGGGGCACCCUGACCUUCCCUGAAGCACAAAAGAUAUUGGCCGAGAUCAAGGCGGUCGCCAACGGGCAGCACGUGGAUGUGCGGUCAAUUACAAUGGCCGACUUCGAGAACUACGUGCGGACAGCUCGAGAAGCUGUGUCAACACUCGACUAUGACAUUCUUAGCAUGAAGCAUCAAUCGGGCGGCGAGCGUGUGUGGGCCUUCAUCAAUGCCCACAGCGACCCGUCAACACAGAUAGCCACGACACUGACCCCAGAAGAGGUGGCCUGCUUCAAGCGGUUGCUCGACGCCAUGUUCGACGAGUAUAACACACCACGCAUGGAGGUGAUGGCAAUCGACGAAGCACAAGCGCUUAAAGUGUCGCGGCCGCCGCGGCGCGGGAGCACGGCAGCAGGGCACGCCGACGGGGGCGGCGACGGCGACGACGCGGGCGAGGGCUCGUCCGCAGCACCACAGGACCGCGGACUCAAGCACUCCGAGGUGCUGGCGCUGCUGUCGAACCUGGUGGCCUCGGGCUGGCUGGAGAAGAGCCAUGGCGGUUUCUACGGCCUUAGCCCCAAGUCCCUCAUGGAGCUAAUGAGCUGGCUCAUGGCUACGUACAACGACCCGGACUCGGACGAGGAGUGGCAGCGCAUCAAGUUCUGCGAGGCCUGCAAGGAGAUCCUGACCUACGGGCAGCGCUGCUCCGAGCGCGACUGCACGGUGCGUCUCCACGACAUUUGCACCGACGCCUUCUGGCGCUUGCACAAGGACAAGAAGUGCCCUAAGUGCCACACCGAGUGGGACGGCAAGCACUUUGUGGGCGAGCGAGCCGUGACGUCGAGAUCGGCCUUCCAGAAGGGACGCCGCGGCCGCCGCGGCGGGAGACAGAGCGAACGGGUUGCAGAGGACGACGAAGCAGAGGAUUAA